AUGCACCGAGCAUCCGGCCUCGAUCCUGAACCCACAAUAUCUGCACAAGCUGAAAAAGGAACGCCUGACUGGCUGAUUAUUUUUGCGUUCUGCUUGACGGUUGGAGCCAUUCUGUGCGUUCUGGCUGCGAUCGCCACUAAAGACAAGUGGUACGGGCCCAGCAGACGAAGCCUGAACAUCGAACCCGUCGUAUCUACUGAGGAAUACGGCAAAACAGCAACUCUGCCCCUGUCAGACAAAGAGCAGCAAUUAAUGACACUCAUGAGCUCCGAAAAACAGACCGAAAAGGACUUCACUAUCAUUAGCCUGGAAGAAAAGGAAAAGGAAUAUCUGAUGUAGCACAG